UAAAUACGCAUGCGCACUACAGACCAUCCUUCUGAUUUCUGCUUGCACUGCCACGUUAGUAGCGCGGUAGACACAAACUACCAAGCUACUAAACCCAAUCCUGAGCAAGAAUUGACAAGCAAAUUGAAAGACUCAACUUUUCAUCUAAAAAUUAGUCCGCCCAAUUUUGUUUUCAGCUGGAGAACACUCCCUUAGGCAAAAAUGCUCAAGUUUUUCGUCCUGUGCACGUUAGCUGUAGCCAGUCGGGCUGAGAUCGCUGAAGAAGACGAUGUUCUGGUCCUCAAGAAGAGUAACUUCGACGAGGCUCUCGCAGCGCACCCAGACAUUCUGGUAGAAUUCUAUGCCCCAUGGUGUGGUCACUGCAAGGCCCUUGCUCCAGAGUAUGCCAAGGCCGCUGGCAUGCUGAAGGCGGAGGGUUCAGAGAUCCGCCUGGCUAAGGUUGACGCAACUGAAGAGACUGAUCUGGCCCAGGAGUUUGGCGUCCGUGGAUACCCCACCAUCAAGUUCUUCAAGGGAGGAGACAAGGAAUCCCCCAAAGAGUACUCGGCUGGAAGGCAAGCAGAUGACUUUAUCAAUUGGCUAAAGAAGCGCACAGGCCCCUCUGUCACCACCUUGGCUGAUGUCACGGCUGCACAGGCGCUGAUAGCUGACCAUGAGGUUGUGGUGAUUGGAUUCUUCAAGAAUUUGGAGUCUGCUGGGGCCGUGGCCUUCAAAAAAGCAGCGGAAGCAGUCGAAGACAUUCCCUUUGGGAUAACCUCAGAUGAUGCCGUUUUCACCAAGUUUGAGGUCUCCCAAGAUGGUGUUGUUCUCUUCAAGAAGUUUGAUGAAGGACGCAACACCUUUGAUGGUGACCUUACCAAAGAAACCAUCCUGUCUUUUGUCAAAGCCAACCAGCUCCCUCUCGUCAUUGAAUUCACUGAGCAGACUGCUCCUAAAAUCUUUGGGGGUGAGAUCAAGUCCCACAUUCUCAUGUUUCUGCCAAAAGCAGCCUCAGACUUCCAGGAGAAAAUGGACCAGUUUAAGAAAGCCGCAGAGUCAUUUAAAGGGCAGAUCCUGUUCAUUUUCAUCGACAGCAGUCUGGAUGACAACCAGCGCAUUCUGGAGUUCUUUGGUCUGAAGAAGGAAGAGUGCCCAGCCAUCCGCCUUAUCACCCUGGAAGAUGAGAUGACAAAGUACAAGCCAGAGAGCAACGCAAUCACCGCAGAAGGCAUUGUUGAAUUCUGCACACGAUUUACCGAAGGAAAACUGAAGCCUCACCUGAUGAGCCAAGACAUCCCCGAAGAUUGGGACAAAACACCUGUCAAGGUUCUGGUUGGCAAAAACUUUGAGGAGGUCGCCUUUGAUCCCAAGAAGAACGUCUUUGUUGAAUUCUAUGCCCCUUGGUGUGGCCACUGCAAGCAGCUGAAUCCCAUCUGGGAAAAGCUGGGAGAGAAGUACAAGGACAGUGCCGACAUCAUUGUGGCCAAGAUGGAUUCAACAGCCAAUGAGAUCGAGUCCGUCAAAGUCCACAGUUUCCCUACUCUGAAAUUCUUCCCUGUGGGAGAAGAACGCAAGGUGAUUGACUACAAUGGGGAGAGAACACUGGAAGGUUUCAUCAAGUUCCUGGAGAGCGGUGGUCAGGAGGGAGGUGCCCCCGCUGGAGAUGAUGAUGAUGACGACGGUGAUGAUGAUGAUGGCGACGACAUUGAGGAUUCGGAUGAUGUGGACGAGGGUGAGGACUCUGACGGCGAGGACAACAGACACAUCGAGCUGUAAAAAGUUGCUGGAAAAGUACCGCUCCGCCCCCACGUACCACUCACCUACACUACUUUCACUCAUCCUAAUAGACUGUCCCUCUUCGGCGACCAUUGUUUCUUGUCUAGCUGCCUGCCAGUCCACCAGCCGGCCCACAGCUUGGCCAGUCUGUAUAUCUCUUCACGAUUUCUCUUUCCAGACAGGUUUUGUUCUGUAUGGGGGAGGGGCACACAGAACACACCACCUUCAUGAUGCUGAUACCUCUGUAGAACGCCAUGCCAAAUUCCCCCCCCCCCCCCCCUCUCUUUUAUUGAUGUGUGGAAAACUGGCAUUGAGAUCCAUUUCACAAAAUGGUAAAAACAAUUCCUGCUCCCCCAAGAAUGUACACCUUAGCAUUUAUCAGGAGUCUAUUUUGUUCCAAGGGUUUAGUAUGAUAGCUUUUGUAAGGAUUGAUCGCUCAGGGGACAAAUUAAUUACCUGUUAUUUUUCACUAAAAUGAUUCGUCAGUGUAGCACCCCCCUUCUCAUAUGUAGCUAAAACCAAUAUCUGAACAUCCUUGUAAGUGGUGGCGGAGUCUACUUUCUUUCAACCGUGUCACCCCCCCCCCCCAAAAUACAACUCCUCAAUUUGCAUGGGGACUACUGACUAUUUUCUAAAAGGAACAAAUGCUAACUUUGGGGUGGAGGUGGAAAAACAAGUUUUAUUUAAUUGCUUUAACUAUGAGUUUUGUUUUUUAAUUUAGGGUUAUUUUUUUAAUGUUUGACCGUUGUGCCCAGUUGUAGCCAGUUGGCCUUGCUGGGGCAGAGUUGGCACUUGGACACGCACUCAGGCCGUGGAUGUUUUUCAUUUGGGAGCCAGUUUUGAAAAGUCGCACUGUGUUCAUGCUUCUUUGGAGAUUCUUUAUGGUUACUAAAGCAGACAGAUGUGCUCCAUUAGUUGUUGGUCCCCGGCAAGCAUUUGUUAAUCUGAUAGGGGCGGAAAGGGCAGUUGCACAGCACCACCACCUUUCUCAUACUGUACCCUCUGUAUUCACUUCGCUCUACUUAUACACUACGUUUGUUUGUGUGUGUAUGUGAGCGUGCGCGUGUGUUUGAGGGCUUUCAAUGGCUAAUUUUCCUUGUAAGGUUGAUAAAAUUUAUGUAUGAUGCUGCAUGAGUAGAGUGAGGUAAUACAUCUGUACAGACAUCUGUACAGCAGUGGAGGAUACUUAAAGCAUUCCAUCAUAUCCAGAUUGAUGUGGAAAAUGUGACAUGGUGGCCAAUAAAUAAAUCUAAAACACCUUUA